GCCAACAACCCCCAGAAGAUCGUUACCGUCUUCUAAUUCCUCCACCACCAGUGUCCACGUGAUGGCGCUAGACAAGCUGGUGAACGUGAACUUGCUAUUUACGAUCACUGUCUCAUGGGUUUGUCCUUGACUACACCUAGGCAACACAGCCUCAGGAACCCCUUCGCCUGUGACGCCGGUAUCAACAUGGUGAAGAAGCUUCUGGUCUUUGAAGUCGUCUCUUUCAGCUUCUUCCUUUUCUCCUCGCUUGUCGCCCAAGGCCUAAAGCUCGCCGCCAUCAAUUUGCUCAACAGCAAAGAUGUGGAUAAAGUGUUCCGAGCCACCAUUAACCAAAAGGUGUUAAGGCUCGGGAUGAUGGGAUCCACCAUGGGGUCGGUGAUGGGGUGCAGUUUCUUAGUUCUCUCGAUGGUGCACGUCAUCAAGAUCCGGUUGGGGAUGCUGUCGUGUGGGAGCAAGCCAGCAAUUCAUGUCGUCGGAGCUCCGGUCCUUCUGGUUUCCUCUGCUCUCAUGGUUUGUAUUUCCACUACUUUUUAUGCUUUCAUGCACUGAGAAAACUAAGUGGCACUCAUCCAUAAAUUAAUUGUACUUCCACUUCCAUAAAAUUGUAAAUUUGUUUAUGGUUUUUGUGUUUUUUUUUUUUUUUCAAAUUGAGCUUUUUAAUCAUAAAGGUUAAAAAAUACU